AUGGCCGGAGCACCGAUGGCCGUAGCACCUAUGGCCGUAGCACCCAUGGCCGUAGCACCUAUGGCCAUGAUCAGCACCGGCACAACCAAGACCAUGUUAAUAGGAGGGCUGUGGUCAGCACUGAUGGCCGUGAUCGGCAUCGAUGGCUCUGUGAUCCGCACUGGUAUAACGCCUGCGGUUGCAGAGCAACCAAGAAGGGCUGUGACCAGUACCGACAUCGAUAGCCGUGAUCGGCAUCGAUACAAUUCCUGCCGGUGCAGAGCUAACGUUGAUAGCACCGAUCGGAAGGUAGGAUCAGCACCGUCAGCUGUAAUCAACACCGGUGGCUGUGAUGCCGGGAUAGGAUCACACCCUGUUGUUAGAUCUGAGCUGAUAGCAGCAGCAGCUAUUGUGAUCAGGAUCGAGACACUCAAGACCCGAUAG